AUGGCUAAAGUAUCGUCAUGUCCGGGUGUCAGCAACUGCGACAGGGUUUCGUGCCUCGACAGUGCUUUCGCUCGCAAGGCGGCACCGAGCAUUGAGCUGCCAUGGGGCAUCUAUGAGGCCAGGGAGCUCGCGGAAGAUCCAGAGAUCUACAUUUUUGAAAACGUCCGAUUCGGCGAGAUUCCCGAGCGCUUUGGUGCUCCGCAGUUCCCCUCGUGGACCAACUCGUCCGUGCAGCCCGUCAGUGACGGUCGAAACUGCAUCCAAAUUGACCCUUCGGUGCUCAAGAACCCCCCAGGAGGCGAGAACCCCAUCGACGCCCCCGAGGACCCUAAGGAGCCCCACGUGCCCGAGUCGGAAGACUGCCUGUUCCUGGACAUCUACGUGCCCAAGUGGGUAUUUGAUGAAGAUUUCGACGGGGGGCUGCCCGUCGUUGUCUGGAUCUACGGCGGUGCUUUUGCCUUUGGCGCCAAGAACCACGGCGGGUCGGUGCUGUACAACGGCCGCGGCAUCAUCUCGGCAAGCGAAUACCAGACCAUCUUCGUGACGGGCAACUACCGCAUGGGAGCGUAUGGAUGGCUCGCGGGCGACUACAUGCAAGGCGUGGCGCAGCCAAACGCUGGCCUAUAUGACCAGGCGCUCGUGUUCGAGUGGGUGCAGAACCACAUCAGCAAGGUCAAGGGCGACAAGGAACAGGUCAGCGCCUGGGGCGAGUCCGCGGGUGCGAGCUCGGUCCUGCACCACCUUAUCCGCGAGGACGGCAAGGUCGACCCGACCUUCAAGACCUUUGUGGUGCAGAGCCCUGCCUACCAGUGGGCUUGGGACAACAAGCCCAAUGGCGGACUGGACCAGAUCUACAAGAGCUUCUCGGCUCUGGCUGGCUGCGGCGAGGAGUUUGACAUUGACUGCCUGCGCGAGUCCAAGAACAUGAGCGAGGCAAAUCAGGAGCUGUACAAGACGGUCGCCACAAGCGGCUUGUUCCUCCUGGGCCCGUCCGUGGAUGGCAAGUGGAUUACCACGCUGUCGCCCCUGGCCUUUGCGAAUGACAAAUACUGGAAGUCCAGCAUCGAGUCCACCAUUGUCUCGCACUGCACCAACGAGGCCGCCAUAUUCAGGCCGAAGUACGUGACCUCGGAGGAGACGUUUGACCAGUUCCUCGAGUCCUUCCUGCCCGGCAGCGGCGCCGCGGACCAGCGGGCGGCCAUCAAGAAGCGCUACGCCUGCCGGAUCAACUUCCUCGGCGACUGGAACAAGUGCAUCACAACCGUCAUCCGCGACGCCUCCUUCACCUGCAACACGCGCGACCUCUUCUCGGCGUACCCGGACAAGACGUACAUGAUGCGCUACGCGUUCCCCACAAAGGACCUCGCCCACCACGGCUCCGACAUGGCGCCCCUGUUCACCAACAACGCCACCGAGGCGUACCACAUGCUCACCAAGAACGGCAUGAACGAGACCGAUGCGACCCUGUACUCGGCCUUCCUGUACUUCAACAGGAUCCCCCUCGCGUACAAGGUCUACUUUGCCAGCUUCGCCGCGUCCGGCGGCGACCCCAACGUCCUCCAGCAGCAGGGCAAGGCGCCCACCUGGCCCCUCGCGGACGGCAGCGACGGCGAUUUCAUGAAGGAUGUGAUGACGGUCCGCAUGGCGAACUGGGAGGAGAGCGCGUUCGUCACGGACGUCGAGGACCGCCAGAACGCCAAGGGCACUUGCGAGUUUUGGACCGGCGUUGCCGGCGCGAUCGCUGGUUCAGGGGGCGGGUCUUUUAUUGCAGGCAACAACUUUGGAGCGGAAGGUCAGAUUCCAAUUGAGCUGUAGGAGUAAAUCAAAUGGUUAGAUGCAACUUUUGAUGUAUAUCGUUGGUUGCCAACGGGUUGUGGUGUACG